GUAAACUCUGAAGACCACAUUAGCCAGCAGCAUGUAGUGGCGGUCUGAUGUCGACAAGCCAUCACUAGGUGCAUCUACGUUGAAUCCGAUGAUGGCAGCCGGAUUAACUCUGCGGAUCAGCGAUAAGUGGAUUGCACUCCUAUUUGGUUCGAAUUUUGUGGAGAAAUGCAUUUCUGCUCUCCGCGCUAAUUUCCACUCCUCCACAACAGAAAUUCUCAUAAAAUGGCAAACGUUCUCGCGACAUUCACUUCGGGACUCGUGGUCGGCUCGGCAGCAGUGUACACCUUCACCUCGCAUUUCACAGAGCAGAGCCAUGUCAUGAACUACAAGCUGCAAAAGGCCGCGGCUGUUUUGAGGGAAGCCUCGACAGGCCAGAAGCAGACCAUGCCAUCGUGGAAGGAGAGCAAGCCGGAUGUCAUGAACAAGUACGAGGCGCUGUCGUCGCGUCUGUCAAACAACGCAAUCCCGCAGGCAAAGACCGAGUGGAACAGCACUGUGUCGUGCGUAGCAAAGGGCAUCGCUGACAUCGAAGUUGACACAGACAGGCUCGCAGCUCUUAUCCGCAGCGACUGAAUAUUGGGAAUGCCAAGCAACCUCCAUUUUAUUCA